UUCUAUUGUAUAAAUAUUUAUUAAAUCAUAUUAGUUUUUGUGUUAAAUUCGUGCUUUAAUAUACUUCAAGCCAUAUUUAGCUCCCUAUAAUGGAGUGAUAAAUCGCAUAUAAACACUAAUGCUGUUUUGUCCAAAUUCCGUUUUUGUUGAACACUCGCAUACGUCUCUUGUAUUUAAGGCAUUGUCGAUUAACGAUGUCUUUAAGUAAUACCAGCAGCAACAUAAGCGAAAAAGAAAUCGACGAUGAGGACAUGUUGUCAUCAACAAAACUUCCAAAUAAUUUGGUUGUUCGAGUAAACCAAGAUUCCGACGACAAUUUGCAAGCAUUAUUUGAUAGUGUGUUGAAACCAGGAGAUGCGAAACGCCCAUUACAACUUCCUUUUCGAAUGCGCAAACUUCCAAAUUCCUUUUUUAACCCUCCGGCGCCUUCUCACUCGCGUGCAAACAGUGCAGAUUCCACUUACGACGGAGGUUCUCAAAGCAAUAUCAGCAAACCUGCCCAGUCAGGUCAAACCGAAGUACAGCUACCAAUCUCACAAAACCACCCAUCAGUAAGCAAUCUGACAAUACACCACUUUCGGGCUCGUAGUAGUCCAGCUUCUCUUCAACAAAACUAUAACGUUCGUACAAGAAACGAAAGCAGUGCUACCAACAACCCAGCACAGGGGCCUUCCUAUCCGGAUAAUGGUGUAGAUUUUCCAACUACUACUGCCGCCAAUGUCGAGAUAGAUGGAAUGAAUACGUGCAUCGGACAGGAGGUUCCAAUUUCCGCUCCAUCAAUACAUAAAAAGCAACGAUCGUACGACGUAGUGAGUCCAAUCCAAUUACAAAGUCAACUAGGAGCACUGCCCCCUGGUUGGGAACAAGCUAAAACAAAUGAUGGCCAGAUUUAUUACUUGAACCAUACUACAAAAACUACGCAGUGGGAAGAUCCCAGGAUUCAAUAUCGUCAACAACAACAACGUGUAAUUGCAGAACGGAUAAAGCAAAACGAUCUUUUACAAAGUACGAAACAAUCUACUUCUGCUAGUAUUUCUGAAAAUAUUGGUCCACUGCCGGAUGGUUGGGAACAAGCAGUUACUGAAUCUGGAGACAUUUAUUUUAUAAAUCAUAUUGAUCGAACGACUUCAUGGAACGACCCAAGAAUACAAUCUGGACUCAGCGGGCUAGACUGCCCAGACAAUUUAGUAUCAACUCUGCAGAUCGAAGAUAAUAUUUGCAGCAAUAUGUUUAAUGAUGCCCAAAACAUAAUUAACACACCGUCUUCCCACAAGCCUGAUGAUUUGGAGUGGUAUAAAAUUAAUUGAAUAAAAUUAUAUCAUAUUAGACUUUACAUUUUUACAUUAUGUAUUAAUUAAAUAUUAUUUUCACAAAU